CGGGAUAAAGCGCCGGCCGCGGCGGAGGGCGGGCGGCAGCAGCGAUGGCGGCGGCGGCGAAGGAGGCGGGCGCGCGGGCGAACCUCUCGGUGGUGGUGCGCGCAGCCGGCGACCUGCGCCUGGAAAAUCGACCAGUGCCUGAACCUGGCCCCAAUGAGGUGUUGCUGAAGAUGCAUUCGGUUGGGAUCUGUGGCUCUGACGUCCAUUACUGGCAGCACGGGCGGAUCGGGGAGUUUGUGGUGAAGAACCCAAUGGUGCUGGGCCACGAAGCUUCGGGAACCGUCAUCCAAGUGGGCUCCUCAGUGACCAAGCUGAAGGAAGGUGACAGGGUGGCCAUUGAGCCUGGAGUCCCCCGGGAGGUGGAUGAAUACUGCAAAACCGGGCGGUACAACCUGUCCCCCACCAUCUUCUUCUGCGCCACCCCACCUGACGAUGGGAACCUGUGCCGCUACUACAAGCACGAUGCCAACUUUUGCUACAAGCUUCCAGACAACGUCAGCUUUGAGGAGGGGGCCCUUGUGGAGCCGCUCUCGGUGGGGAUCCACGCCUGCAGACGAGCCGGGGUGACUCUGGGCAGCCAAGUCUUCAUCUGUGGGGCCGGACCCAUUGGGCUUGUGACCUUGCUCAUGGCGAAAGCGAUGGGGGCCGCGCGGGUGGCGAUGAGCGAUCUGUCUGCUCCACGGCUCGAAAAAGCCAAGGAGAUGGGGGCAGAUUUCACCAUCCAGGUGAAGAAUGAGAGUCCCGAGGACGUGGCUGAGAUGGUGAAAGCCAGCCUUGGCUGCAUGCCGGACAUCACCGUGGAGUGCAGUGGCGCGCAGGCUUCCCUCCAGGCGGGAAUCUACGCGACCCGCUCCGGAGGAACUCUGGUUUUGGUGGGGUUGGGGCCCGAGAUGGUCACCUUGCCCAUCGUGAAUGCUGCCGUGCGGGAAGUGGAUAUCCGAGGGAUAUUUCGAUACUGCAACACGUGGCCGAUGGCGAUCGCUAUGCUUGCCUCCAAAAAAGUGGACGUCCAGCCUUUGGUGACCCAUCGCUUCCCUUUGGAAAAGGCCUUGGAGGCUUUCGAGGCAACCAGGAAGGGUGUCGGGGUAAAAAUUAUGCUGAAGUGUGAUCCCAAUGACCAGAAUCCUUAAAGAAGCCCCUCAAACCCGAGAACCAGCCUGCUUGCGGGGGGGGGGGUGGAGGGCAUGAACAGGGAAGGCUUUUUCUUUCAAGACAACCGGAAGUUAAGCACAGCAAAUAAACAAAGAGAGCAUUGCAUAGGAAA